ACAUCGGCGCGUAACGACCCGGGAGUGUGUUUCUUUAAGAAUGUAAGGUGGGUGAGACCCUUUUCCUGACGCACGCCUGGUAUGCAAACAUAAAUUUAGCAGCAACGUGUUUGCCGGGGGAACAAAAUAUCUGGAAGCGACCGUGGACUGUCAUGCUGUCUCCGUCCGCUCUUGGCUGACUUUUACCUUUUUCCUCUCUCGCUCUCCUGGAAACUGGAGCCGGAGCGCAGCGCGGAGAGACGAGCGGACCUCUUUCUCCCCGAGUGACUGGGGCAGGCUGGGACAUAGAGCGGGCGAUCAGAGCCGUCUAUCAACGCUUUGAAAUUACUUAAGAGUUUGUUUGCGUCCGUGAUGAGUGGGAGCUGUUUGUGGACGACUAGCCUGGUUCUCCUCGCUGUCUGUGCGAAGAUUGCCGUGUGGGCCAACAAUGGAGAUGCAGUGUUCAUCAGGGAAUUCACGCUGAUUCGGCGAGAUCACCUUGCUGAAGAGCCUCUGCAUGAUGGCGGCCAAAAACCAGAAGACCCGAGUUCUCGUACCGCCCGAUCAGAAGAGGACAGAGACACGCUUUGGGACGCCUGGGGUUCCUGGAGUGAAUGCUCUCGUACAUGUGGCGGAGGAGCCUCCUACUCCCUCAGACGAUGCCUCAGUUCCAAGACCUGCGAAGGACAGAAUAUCAAAUAUCGCACAUGCAGCAAUGUGGAUUGCCCUUCAGAUGCCGGUGAUUUCCGUGCCCAGCAGUGUUCAGCUCACGCAGAUGAGCAAUACCAGGACCAGUACCACGAGUGGCUGCCGGUAUACAACGACCCAGACAACCCGUGUGCUCUCAAAUGCAAAGCCAAGGGCUCAGGCCUUGUGGUGGAGCUGGCGCCCAAGGUGCUGGAUGGGACACGCUGUUACACAGAGUCUUUGGACAUGUGCAUCAGUGGUAUCUGCCAGAUUGUAGGUUGUGAUCAUGAGCUUGGAAGCACUGCGACCGAGGACAACUGUGGAGUCUGCAAUGGAGAUGGCUCGUCCUGCAGGCUUGUGCGGGGACACUACAAAUCCCAGCAUUCUUCAGGAAAAACUGAGGACACAGUGGUCACCAUCCCUUACAAGAGUCGUCACGUGCGUCUGAUCCUGAAAGGCCCGGAUCACUUGUACAUGGAGAGUAAGACUCUACAGGGGGUAAGAGAUGAACUGGUCUUGGAUAGACCCGGGCAGUACUACAUAGAGAACACCACCGUGGACUACCAGAAACUUUCAGAUAAAGAAGUCCUGAGAAUCACUGGCCCACUCGGAGCUGACUUCACAGUCAAAGUGCAGUUUACGGGUGGUACGGACAGCGUGGUCCAGUACAUCUACUACCAGCCCAUCAUCCAUCGCUGGAGAGAGACCGACUUUUUCCCGUGCUCCGUCACAUGCGGUGGAGGUUACCAGCUAACCUCAGCAGAGUGCUAUGAUCUACGGAGCGGACGGGUGGUUGUAGACCAGUAUUGCCAUUACUACCCGGAGAAUGUCAAACCCAAACCCAAACUGCAGGAGUGCAACAUGGAGCUGUGCCUGGACAGUGACGGCUACAAGGAAAUUAUGCCAUAUGACCAAUACCACCCCCUGCCUCGAUGGGAGAGCAGCCCCUGGACGGCCUGUUCCACCUCUUGCGGCGGGGGCAUCCAGAGUCGCUUGGUAUCGUGUGUGGAGGAGGACAUGCAGGGGACCAUCACUCCCACAGAGGAGUGGAAGUGUCUUUACUCUCCCAAAACGGCUAUCCUGCAGCCCUGCAACACAUUUGACUGUCCCACCUGGCUGGCACAGGAGUGGUCACCAUGCACAGUGACUUGUGGUCAGGGACUGCGCUACAGGGUGGUGUUAUGCAUCGAUCACCGUGGCCUGCACGCCGGAGGCUGCAACCCUACCACCAAACCGCACAUCAAAGAGGAGUGCCUGGUGACUGUGCCCUGCUACAAGUCCAAAGAUACACUACCAGUUGAGGCAAAACCUGUGUGGCAUAAGCAGGCCAUAGAGCUUGAGGAGGAAGUCACAGCCAGUGAGGAACCAACCUUUAUCCCCGGUCCCUGGCAGCCCUGCAGCAGGACAUGUGGUGCUGGGACCCAGCAUCGGACGGUCAAGUGCCAAGUGCUGCUGUCUUUCUCCCAGACAAUCGUGGACGUGCCAGAUGAUGAAUGCGAGGGGGUCAAACCUGCUACCAGCCAGCCUUGCUACAGCAGUCCCUGCUCUGUAGAUUUGGGUGAAGCAGGAGAAAGUGAAGAGGUGGAGGAAGAGGAGGAGAAGGGCAGGACACUGCAAAAAGAGGAACUGUACGACUGGGAGUACGAGGGCUUUACUGAGUGCUCAGAGAGUUGUGGGGGAGGUGCGCAGGAGGCUGUGGUUAUCUGCCUGAACAAGCAGACCAGAGAAGCAGCAGACCAAAGCCUGUGUGUGAGCUCUCGGCGACCCCCACGACUCCUCCAGGACUGCAAAACUCAGCCCUGCCCACCCAGGUGGGAAACUGGAGAGUGGAGCUCCUGCUCAGCUACAUGUGGGGUAGGUCUGAUGAUUCGCACUGUGGGGUGCACACACCGGCCCUCUCGUGACAGCAAUCACACUUUAGUUUUGAGGGACGAAGACUGUCAGAACCCCAAGCCCAGUCCUCUCCAAGCCUGCAACCGCUUUGACUGCCCUCCUAUGUGGGACACGCAUGACUGGGGACAGUGCUCCCAAAGUUGCGGUGGUGGGGUUCAGAGGAGGCAGGUACUAUGCAAGCAACGGUUGGCUGAUGGCAGCAUUCUGGAGCUACCUGACACGUUUUGCCCUACUAAGAGUCCUACAAGCCAGCAGCCCUGUGGUGAGCAGGAAUGCCCACCUGAGUGGGUCACAACUAGCUGGUCCCAGUGUUCAGUGACAUGUGGAAAUGGUAUUCAGACCCUCCAAGCUGUUUGCAGGAAGAAAGAGGUGAAUGGAAGGUAUUUGACAGCAGACCCUAAGAACUGUUCCCUGCUGGCUCGUCUCGACAGAAUCCGACCAUGCUUCUUCAAGCCCUGUGAAAACUCUGUCAAGCCUGAUGCCACCAUACUGGCUCAGAGAAAAGUUUAUAUCCAGUGGCAUAAAGGCAAAAAGGUUCACCUGGGCAUUGGUGGUUAUGCGUACAUCCUGCCUUGGACAACUGUGGUCCUUCGCUGCCCAACCCGCCACUUCCGUAAGGGCCAAAUCCACUGGUUGAAGGAAGGGAAGCCCCUGAUCAACCUACCACACCUCUCCAUAACGUCACUAGGAUAUGUGAAGAUCCAUCAGGUUCGUGCAUCUGAUGCUGGGAUAUAUACAUGUGUCGCAGGUGAGGCACAAGAACAUUUAGUCUUACAGAUCAUUGGCAGCAAGCAAAAGCUGUCUGUAGCAGAGUCAAUGCUCAGACGACAAAAGGUUGGGCGACCGGAUGCGAUCUCAGCUCAAGAAAGAUUUCAGGAGCUUCACAGCUCCCUCAACCGAUAUGAUGGAAUUAUUGAGCGUUUGCUUAAUCAUAAAGAAUCCAUUCGAGAUGAAAAAUAUAUCGCUGACAAAUCACCUGCGAGUGAAAAGAACAGUUCUACCCUGGAGGAUGAAGGGUCAGAGAUUUACAUCCCAGAGGUCCUCGUUGCCGACACACGCAGGCUAGAGGAGAUCAUGAAAAACUUUGCCGAAGACCUUGGAGGACUACGGGAGGAACAACUUAUCGCACAACUGCUUAGUGAGCUCACUGUGGCACAGGGUGAAACGAAUGAGUCGACUCUUCACCCUCCAGAAAGUGCUGAAUCUUCCACGCAAGAGCCACUCCAUUAUAAACCAAACACUAAAGUCCACACAGCCAGACCAAGAAACCCGCUGAUAAUCCAACGUUCGAAAAAGAUUGGAGAGGGGCCACAAUCUGAAAUGAUAGUUUAUGUGGGAAUGCCAGUUUUCCUGCAGAAACCAGUUGUUAGUUUAGUGUUGAAGUGUGAAGCAGUAGGAAAUCCUGACCCAUCAGUGACAUGGUCGAAGAAUGGGAAAGAGUUGCGCUACAGUAGCAGAGUAGGCCUGUUGCCUACAGGAUCACUGAGGAUCCAGUACCCAAGCAAAGGGGAUGAGGGUUUGUACACCUGCACUGCCAGAAACCGUUUUGGAAGGACAUCUCUUUCAUCUUCUGUGCAAAUUACUGGUGGCAAAGGAAGAAUCUGUGUCCAAGGCAACAGUGUGGGAGCAAAUGGACCGGCUUGUUCUGAGAGGAGGAAUGGCAGUCGGUCGGCCGAGCUGUGCCAAGGACAAGUCUGCCUCUUCAGGUGGCGAGUGGAUGCUUGGUCCCCAUGCUCAGCCACUUGCGGUGGUGGAGCCCAGACUAGAAUUGUGCGCUGCAUGAAGGGUCCCGAGGGCAGGUCAGAAGAGGUAGAGAGUCCAAAUUGCCUUGGAGCAGGAAGGAAACCCUCUGAUGCAAGGCCGUGCAACCUCCUUCCCUGUGCAAGAUGGGCCACAACCUCCUGGGGUUCGUGUCAUGGCAGGUGUGUGGGUCCCAGUUUGGCCACACAGCACCGCCAUAUCUACUGCCAAGAACCCAAUGGUACCAGAGUCCCCCACAGGAUGUGCACUGGGCUCCACAGGCCAAGCUCUUUGAGGAAUUGCACCGCUGAGGCUUGUGCACUUCAGUGGCUCGUGGGGCCUUGGACGCAGUGCACCGCCACGUGCGGACGGCACGGUUUCCAAUCACGCCAGGUGACCUGCGUCCACCUUCGGACCAGCAAGGCCUUCCGAGACCGUCACUGCACGUGGAGGCCUCGGCCUGCCAGCUGGCAGCGAUGUAACAUUUUAUCCUGCGGCAGAGCAGGAGAGUGCCGGGACAGCACGAGGUACUGUGAGAAGGUGCGGCAGCUGGAGCUUUGCCUGCUGCCCCAGUUUAAGAGCCGCUGCUGUUUCUCCUGCCGAAACACCUGAAAUGGAGAAGUGAGAACGUUGGUGAAAAAUCUGGAAAGGUCAGGGAAGGUGUCACGGAAGUCAAGGAACCUCAAUGCCUAUCCCAACACCCUCCAAUGUCUUCAACGAUCGCUCCUGGAUUCCCGAGUGCGGAGGAAUGUUUGUUUGUCAUACCCAAAAGUGACUAAAAUCGACUUUUAAGAUACCAUACGUGGGUUUGAAUUCAAAAUUAUUGCUACGAGAGGAAACCACGUCUGUUAAUGAAGGCUUUGGUUUUACUUCUUUAUUUUUAAUUUAAAUCUGAAGUUCGUACAAACAGCUUUUGUGUCCCAAACAGUAGAUAUAUUUCCAGUGUGAGCAGUAGGAACUCUGCGGUUUCAUAAAGGGGAACUAAAGCCUUAAAAGCCGUGAUGACGGUCAUGUCCACAUUAACAAAAUCUGAGCAACGUAAUCUUCAGUUUCAGGUUCCUGAGCAAACGGAAGAUCACUAUCAUGUUCCUCUGAAACACAAUCACUCCACGCCAAAUUAAGUUUAUAUGAUUGCAUUCAAAUUUACGAAGUAAUGCGAUGUUAAUAAUCGGCCUAAAUAGAUGACUGACUUCAUACCAAGGAAUUCUGGGUAAACGCCAAGCUUGUGAUAACCACUGGAUAGCUCUGUGUUUGUCUUUACUGCUAGGAUUUUGAUGCUAAGUGAGCUUUUAUGAACGUAGCAAUGGGUUAAAAAGGGGUGGAAAACUGAAAACCAGCUUGAUGCUGCUUAAGUGAGAACGAUGACAAAAUAAAGCCUAGUAUUAAAUAACUGGGACACAUUUAGUACCAGCCACACUUGGAAAAAAGUUUUCAUAAACAUAAAAUAUUAAUUUUAAGCAAAAUGCAACAAA